ACUGCUUUCAUGGGCCAGUUCACAAUAGUAGUGAAACACAUAUCCAACCCCUCCAAAUUAAACAUGGAGUAUGUCAAGACACAGGGGAGGAUUACCAUUUUAAUUACAAUUCUAGUUGUGUUCAAGGUUCAUGCUGUUCCAACACUUUACGGUGGGGAUGCAGAUGGAGGUGAAUUACGAGACGAUAUACCAGAAAUCAAUUCAGAUCUUGACCUGUUUGAGGGAGACAUUGCAGGUGAUCCAAGAAGAAAUGCAAUCCUGGAUGAAACAAGAAGAUGGAAGUUUCCAAUUCCUUAUAUCUUGACAGAUUCCUUGGAGCUGAACGCAAAAGGUGUUAUUCACCAGGCUUUUGAAGCAUACCGCCUGAAAUCCUGUGUGGACUUCAAGCCCUAUGAGGGAGAAAGCACAUACAUCUCUUUCACAAAACUGGAGGGAUGCUGGUCCUUUGUGGGAGAUGAUAAGAUUGGACAGAACCUCUCCAUAGGGGCGGGUUGUGACACCAAGGCCAUCGUGGAACAUGAACUUCUCCAUGCUUUGGGCUUCUUCCAUGAGCAGUCCCGAUCUGACAGAGAUGACUACGUCAAGAUCUGGUGGGACCAAAUCAUAGAAGGAAAGGAGCACAACUUCAAAAAAUAUGAAGCAGACUACGUCACAGACCUGAACACACCAUACGACUACGAGUCUGUCAUGCAUUACCGGCCCCUGUCUUUCAACAAGAACCCAAGCACCCCCACCAUAACCACAGCCAUCCCGUCGUUCAACGACCUCAUCGGACAGCGCCUGGACUUCAGUUCUGUGGACCUGCUUAGGCUGAACCGCAUGUACGACUGCAGCAACACACAAACACUCUUGGACCAGUGUUCUUUCGAGCUGAUCAAUGUCUGUGGGAUGGUCCAGAGUGAGGCUGAUGAUGCAGACUGGGUCCAGACCUUGAGCAGCUCCGAUGAGGUAGACCACACACUGGUGGGACGCUGCAGAGAUGCGGGCCAUUUCAUGAAGUUCGACACUUCUAAAGUGGAGGUGGAGACCAGUGCAAUUCUAGAGUCACGCAUCCUCUACCCAAAGAGGAGCGCACAGUGUCUGCAGUUCUUCUACAAGAUGUCUGGGCCGGCUGGGGACAAGCUGGUGGUGUGGGUCAGAACAGAUGACGGAACUGGAAAUGUUAGCAGCUCCAGCAAAAUCCAUACCAUCACAGACAGUGUAGAUGACACCUGGCAGCCAGCCUAUGUGAACCUGCACAUGAAAAGGAAGUUCCGCUACAUAUUUCAGGGUGUGGGGGGGUCCAACAACACUUCAGCAGGGGCAAUCUUAAUCGAUGACAUCACACUGACCGAAACAACAUGCCCCAGCGGCGUCUGGAAAAUCCGGAACUUCACCGGCUUGCUCGCCACCAUGCCAACUGGAGAGCGAAUCAGGAGUAGACGGUUCUACAGCCCUGAGGGCUACGCUUACGGGGUAAACAUCUACCCAAAUGGAAGAAACAACAAUAACACUGAGUAUGUGGGCGUGACCUUCCAUCUAUGCAGCGGGGAGAACGACGGCAUGAUGGAAUGGCCAGUGAUCAACAGGCAGGCCACCAUCACUGCCAUGGACCAGGAUUCUGAUGCCAAGCUGAGGAUGUCUGCCACCAGAAGCUUCACCACUGAGACUACUAUCCCAAAUUGGAUUAAGCCCAGCAGCACUAGUGGUGCUGACUGGGAUCCAAGCUGCGACUGCUAUAGAGGACCUGAGUAUGGAUGGAGUACAUUUAUCUCUCAUAAACAGCUGCAAAGAAGAAGCUUUCUCAAGAACAAUGACCUCAUUUUUACUGUCGACUUUGACGAUUUGACCCAUCUGGUGAAGUCAGAGGUCUCUGUGAAGCCGAAGAGUCCCAGUACUGACCUACUGGAGGAGGAGACCCGCCGAGAGGAGAUAGCUGAGGUUCCGAAACGUAGACAGGUGCGGGCUGUGUCUAAAGAUGCGUGUAACCCCAACCCGUGCCACAACAGUGGUGUGUGUGUGCUGGAGAAACAGGGGAAAGCCACAUGCAGGUGUAUCUCUGGCCAAGCCACAUACUAUGCUGGAGAGUUAUGUGAGAAGCAGCAUAUCGAUGGCACUAUUUUGGGCAUUCUGAGUGGUGGAGCAGCAGGGACAAUUGUUCUGACUCUGGCCAUCUUCUCAGUCAUCCGGAGACCUCACUGAGUCACCCCCAUCACACCACCACAAUACUCAUCUCAGUACCAUCUCAAUCUCAAUGCAUCUAUAUGAAACAAUGAUAGGAUUGUGCCACACCUACUAUGUAAUUGAUAUAAUUACAUAUAGUCACUUCUGACAAUUUCACUCUUAAUAGUUUCAUGUACAUUAAUAGCUUUAUGUUUGGUUUACAUGGGCUUAAAUAAAAUUGUGGUACUGUAAGUUACUCCAAAAUGAAAUAA